AGAGAGUGUGUGUGUGAGUGUGUGAGUGAGUGAGCGGGCGGGCGGGCGCGAGUGUGGCCGCCGCGGAGCGCGAGCAGGACCCGGCGGGCGCGCUCCCCCAGCCUCUCUCUCCCCGCCAGAACCAUGUCGGGCAGGUCGGUUCGAGCCGAGACCAGGAGCCGCGCCAAAGAUGAUAUCAAGAGGGUCAUGGCGGCUAUCGAGAAAGUGCGCAAAUGGGAGAAGAAGUGGGUGACUGUGGGGGACACAUCCCUGCGAAUCUACAAGUGGGUUCCUGUGACAGAGCCAAAGGUGGAUGAUAAGAACAAGAACAAGAAGAAGGGCAAAGAUGAGAAGUGUGGCUCCGAGGUGACCACGCCGGAGAACAGCUCCUCCCCGGGAAUGAUGGACAUGCACGAUGAUAACAGCAACCAGAGCUCCAUAGCAGACGCCUCCCCGAUCAAACAGGAGAACAGCAGUAACUCAAGCCCUGCUCCAGAGCCCAACUCAGCCGUGCCCAGCGAAGGCACUGACGCCAAGGCAGACGAGGCCCAGGCCGAUGGGAAGGAGCUUCCUGGGACCGAAGAUGCUUCUGACGAGCAGAAUUCGCAGUCUUCAGUGGAAAACUCGGUGAACAGUUCAGAGAAAGUGGAGCGGCAGCCAUCUGGAGACGCGGGCCUGGCUGCGGAGAUGUCGGCAGCCUCUCAGGUACCUCGAUCAAGGUCUCAGAGGGGCAGCCAGAUCAGCCGGGAGCCUGUUGGGGUGUCGGGGGAUUUGGAAGGAGUGCCCCCCUCGAAGAAGAUGAAACUGGAGACCUCGCAACAGAACUCUGAAGAGAUGUAGACCCUGCGCUCAGUCCUGCUUGUCCACGCGCCACGGGGGAGACACCUGCAGGCUGAAUCCCAGACGGCUUCACCUGCGUGGUUCCUCUCGGGCGUGGACAGAACUACAGACUUUCCGAGUUUACCAAGUGCAAAUCCAAGAAAACCCAGAACAGCGUAACUUCUCAGACACUGAAGAACUUUUCUGCUGUGAAGCAAAACACUCGGGUGUUGGAGGGACUGUCCUUGGGAAGGCGGGGUCGACCGCUCAGGAGUGUCUGCACACUGUCUCUGAAGCCAAGAUUACAUUCGUGUUGCUGCUGUAUUGUUUUGUGUCCCUCCCCGCCCCAACCUCUCUAUUUAACGAUAUAAGCUACUCGAGGGUCGUACCGAUCAGGGAAUCGGUUCUCGUCCGGGCUUUUCACUGUUCGCCCGAUUCCUUCCGCUUUCUUUUUUUGUGCCUUGUGCCCUUGAGGUGACCUCUGGCAUGUUUUCCUGGUUGUUUUGCAUCUCCCUUUGCAAAGUGCCCUCGGUUUUGUCCGGGCAGCCCAUGCCACCGUCCUCACACCUCUCUCCUCCCUGACCUGGGACUUCAGCUGGAGCGGAGCAGGCAGGGGGGAGGGGGCUGGAGGCCCGCACGAGCAGGACCUCCUUGGCCGCCCGGUUUGCCGGUGUGGGGGUGUUGGGCGUGCCCUGGGCCCCGGGUCCUGGGUCCAAGGUCCGAGGAGUCUCGGAUGUCGGAGCGCUGUCCCCAAGGGCUGGCUUCGGGACGUUCUCUCUCACUUCCUCGGGGCAUCUGAGGCCGGCGUUUCCAAGCCCACCGUGGCCCAGACGGACACACAGAACCCUUCGACCGCUCUGACACGUGCGCCCUCUACCCCGACCACACCGCUUUCUCCCACACCUCCGAAGAUGAAAUGGCUUCUGUGGCUGACUGCAGGACUGUCUCCUUAGGACGCUAAAAGGGCCGAGGGGGCUGGGAGCCAAGGGCAGGAAGAGCUGGUGCUGAACUUUCUCAUAGGAUGUUGCCUGGAUUUCAAAUCCGCAGGAACCUGCUACCCUCUGCCUCCCCAGCUUCACUUGGCAACGCUCCCCCCGCCCCAGGGGAGGCAAGACUGCGAAGUGUUCUGAGGCUCAGAGCCGGCAGUCAGAUGGCCUCCUGCUCCCAGGAUGCACGGACGGCCCCCACGGGGGAGCUGACCCUGACAAUUGGGCCUCAAAGGCCAGAACGAGGCACCAGGGAGUGGAAUGCUCUGCACGCCUCCAGAAGGGGGCGACCGAGGCCCCCUCCUCGCCUCCGUCCUCUGCCUGUGCUGGGACACCUUCCUCUCACUAAAAUGGAGUUGGCCCCUUGGACAAACUGCCUGAUUGUUAGGUUCUGAGGCCUGGUUUGCUCUUAAUUCCUAGAUGGACUCCUCGGACCUUAACCCUUUUCCUGAGCUUUCUUUACUGCACUGGAGUUCCAACUCCCUUUGAGUUGAGUGAGGGGGUGGGUGGGUCGGGGGGAGGGGGUUUGCUUUUGUUUUGUGGUUUGUUUUUUUUGUUGUUGUUUUGUUUUCGUUUUCGUUUUGCUGAUUGGUGCAUAUCCAGGUACUACCUUCAAGACCUUUGACGUGGGGCUCUCUCUCCUGACCACGAUGGAAAGUGUCUGCCAGUUCCUAAGGGUGGGCUCUCCCUUGUUUCUAAGGGAGCCAAUCUGUUUCCUGCACUUCAAGAAGAAUCAAAAUGUUCCUGAAUUUCAAAUACCUCAUGCAAAAUGGUCUCCUGAAAUAAGGGAAAAAAAAAACAAAAAAACAAAAAACAAAACACAAACUUUGAAAAUCUUAAUGUUGAAGUUCGCAAUGCCGAAAGGUUUCUGUCUUAAAAAAAA